AGAAUUUCUAUCUUAGUGGAAGACUAAACCAUGCACAUGUGUUAUGAAUAGUUCGGAUAUGUUUACUACAUAGGAAGUCAGUUUAUCUAAGCGUUAACAAGAGUUUAUCAGCUUUAAAACCAUCAGCAGAACCCAUCAUGACAUAUCGAGAACUGAUUACAACCUUUAUCCUACUGGCAUAUAGUUACAAAGUCCAUGCGCAGUGUUCGGGGACUUCCUCUGAUAUAAAUCUGGCAACCUUUGAAACUGGUAGCAUAACGUACCCAAGCAGUGGAGUGUACACAGAAAAUCUCAACUGUGCAUGGAAGCUGAUUUCAUCAAAUUCUGCUAGUGAAGAUAUCCUUAUGUACAUACAGAUAGAUAACUUGAGGCCGAACGACAUCCUACAGAUAUAUGACGGUACCGAUGGCUCUGGAGCAGCUUCUUUCUCAUCUAACGCCGCAGGAGCGUCCAGCUUCAGCGUCAAUCGUGUUGCCCUGUCCGGUAACGUCUAUAUUAGUUUUCAAUCGGAUUCUAUUGCGGACGCCAAUCAGAAUGGUUUUACCAUUCAAUACAUGUCAGCCAAAGCCAUGGAUGGUGGAGCUUGCAGCUCGACUGCCACUUUAACAGCCACGGAUACAACAUCGUACCUGACAAGCCAAAAUUUCCCCUCCAAGUACUUGUCAGGCAGUAACUGUACUUGGUUAAUCAGUACUCAGGAUCUCUGUGGAAACAUCUUCUUAAAUUUUCUCCAUGUCGAUAUAGAGUCAGCUUGCGAUUAUGAUCGCGUUGUCGUCACAUACGACGGAGUUGCACAGUCCCCAAUUUGUGGUACCAAUGGCUGGAAUUAUGUGUUGUCCUAUAGUACCAGUGGUACUUCGGCAACUAUUAACAUGAAAUCGGAUGGUUCUGACAAUUAUCACGGAUUCUUGAUGUCAUACACAAGAACAGGUUGUACUGCAACAACAACUGCUACUACAACAACUGCUACUACAACAACUGCUACUACAACCACAAUUCCAACACCAAAAGUUCUCGCCUCUACAUCCACAGAUGACGACUGGAAAGUCGGAGUCGGUGUAGGAGUCCCAUCAGCAGCAGUUGCAUCGGGAUUACUUAUUACUGGAAUUUUAUACAAGACAGGUAUCAUCGGGACUAAGGCUGCGGCAAGUCUGGGUCAACCCAGCGUAGCUGAAAAGGGACUGGCCAAGAAUAAGAUAGACACUGGAAAUGACUUUGGAAAUGAUGCUGGAAAUGAUAUGAAAAAAGAAAAUUGUCCUCCGGAAAAUGAACUGGACACCCUAAACGAAACAGCAGACCCUCCGCCCUCUUGAUGGAUGAGAGGGACUAAUCGAUGAACGUUGUAUUAAUCACAGGGAUUUGUCACUAUUUAAUACAUAUGUAUGGACCGUGGGUUGAAGUGAAUGCCAUGUCCCUGUGAUCCUAUGGUUCAUUUGUCUAUAUACGCAGAGAUUUAACGAUACAGUGACGAUAUUGCUUCUCGCUGUGGAUAUCAUAUUCUUCCAUACUGUUUAUGUUUCUAAGUUAAGUUUUUUUUUUUUUUUUUUUUACAUUUAUCAACGUUCUAAUGAUGUGACGAACUGUAUGUAGAUCUAAUGACGUGCGUUAACUAAGUGUUGCGGGUAUCACAACAUCUGUAAAAUGAAACAGGUAAAACAGAAUAAAUUUUCAUUAACAUUUGGGAAAUCUGUAUAUCAUGAAGAGAGUAAAAUCAUGAAAGUUUACGACAAAAAACGUGAUAUGAAAACAGCCACCAUCACUAUUGUUAAUAAGUUAUUUUUUUCUAGAUAAAGGAUAUAAUUUUGUCAUUGCGGCACAUCGAAUAAUUGUUUGUUUUAUUGGCGUUUUUAUUUUCACAUUUGGAAAAUAACAAGCAUGCCACUUGAUUUGUUGAACGUCAAAUUGACUAACUGGACCAUGAUUCCCUGGGUUGAACGCCGAUAGGGAUAUCUGUUUCAAUAGUACAAUCUAUUAAGCAUUAAGGCUGGUUAUGAAUAAAGAUGGCACCUGAUUUUAUAUAUAAAUUCUGAACUGAAGAAGGCUAAAUAUAUUUAUAUGAUUGACAAAUUACACAAUCACUCUCAAUUAUAGUUAGAACUU